GUCUGUCAUCAUCAACUUUCUUCUCGGGCACAGCUUCCCGCGGCCACAGACAGAACAGCAAGGGACCUAUUUUUAUGCCUUUUUCUAAAUUACUCCUACACUGAGUGUGUGAAGGAUGGGAACUUACUGCUUGUAUCUACAUCUGGAAGUCUUCUGGUGCACCUGUUGAUCGAGGACAUCUCAAGAAUGGACACCGUGCGUGGUCUGGAGGACAACAGGCGCUCAGAGGAGAGGAGCAGGUUGACCUGUGUCGAAUUACCUCAGAGCAGCUUCACAGACGGACAGAACUCAGACCUGCUGCAAUGUCAGGACACCGAUCAAACCGGCUGUACAGCCGAAUACAGGAGAUGUGGGUCUCGUCUGGGUGGGGUCAAAGUUCGCCACAAGAGACAGGUGCUGCAGGACAUGGCCCGACCCCUGAAACAUUGGCUGUACAAACACCGAGACAACCCGUAUCCCACCAAGACGGAGAAGGUGCUGCUGGCUCUGGGGUCACACAUGACACUCGUACAGGUUUCCAACUGGUUUGCUAAUGCCAGGCGAAGGCUCAAGAACACAGUGAGACAGCCAGACCUGAGCUGGGCCCUGAGGAUCAAACUUUAUAAUAAAUACAUCCAGGGAAACGCUGAAAGGCUGAGCGUGUGCAGUGACGACACCGACUCAGAUGAUGAAGAGUGUCCCUUACAAACUCCCAUCAGCCAGUCAAACUAUGGCAGGUCGUCCUCCCACAAGAGCGUGCUUGAGAAACAGGGCAGCGUCCUCGCCAUGGCGGACUCCCUCAACAGUGACGACAGCACGUCGCCCCCGUCAAAAUACAAGAGCGGUUUACUGAACCGGUAUCUAAACGACACCCUGCGGCACAUGAUGGCAGCGAAGGCUGAUGGCGUCACCUCUUCCCGCAAGAGGAGGAGUCACUCCGGGUCGUUCAGCUCCAACGAAUGUGAUCGAAGUGUCGUGUCCCCGGCGUCGUCCUUUGAGACUGAGACAAACUUUGUCUACCACAUGGAUACAAUGGACUAUACGCCAACUAACUGUGACAGGGACCAGCAGCAGGAGCGCGGCCAGCAGAGACGAGACGACCAAGGCUGGAGGGAGAUCCACGCCGCUGUGGCUCUGACCAACUUGGCCCAAGGGCAGAGCCACGCGGGCGACCGAGGCAGCGCUACAGUGCCAAUCGCUGCCAAAGGGCAGAGCUGCACCCGGGAGCCCUUCUCUAUAGCGAGGACAACUAUCAUGGACAGGACAUGUGUUGCAGGCGCCCCCUCUUCUCUGAGGCAGAGCUGCACCACAGGGCCCAUUCUCACCAGCCGCAUUAUCCAGAGGUCCUCUCAUAUCGCGGAGGUCCAGACUGUCAAAAUGACCCUGGCAAACAGAGUGUAGGCCUUAAACGUCAGCGCCUGGUCCAAAGACACUGCUCCAUAUAGGAAUACCAGAUGCUUAAGUGCCUUGGAAUAAAUGUACAGCCCCUGUUA